GUGUGAGUUUAAACUUCCCUGUGAAGAGAUGUGUCCCUAGUGAAAAUAGAUCACGAAAACAAAAAGCAUUGUUGGACUCAUCCAUAUUUGAUUUGUGAAAUAACAAAGUUUUCGAUUUUAUUUCUAUAAUUUGCAGCGCACAAAGUGAAAGUGUGUGUAUUCAUUACAAUUGUGAACUCAUUUGCAAUAGCCACUAAAAGCGGGUUAAUCGAAAGUGCAGAGUCUGCACUGCAGAUCGUUGUCCGAAUUCCACCAGCAUCCACAAUGCACCCUCCAGCCCACCCCCACCUUUCCCUCUUCCAUUGCAUUUGUAUCCCACCCAUUUGGUCAUUGCACUCAUUCCACUCCGCUCGUCCUUUCGAACAGCUAGAGAUGGCCAGCACUACUAUAGAUUCAUGCUGGACUUGCGGUUAUCGCUAACUUUUAUGGCUACUGAAAAUGCAUUUACUCGAAAUUGUAACUAAAAUUAUUAGUUUUGGGUCAGAUAGCAAUGCCCAUUCACUCCACCGAAAGUGCCCGAUACGAGCCGGCGACCAUGAGCUCAGCCGAUGACCGAAGGAUCCCCGUAACUAUACUAUUCCAAGUCCAAAAUGAAUUCGUGUUUGAUUUGUUUCUUAAUAAAAAAGGAAAGACAAAAUUUAACUUAUUUUAGAAUUGUGAAACUUAUAGAGCAAUACUCAUUAAAAAUUACUAUAUUUUUGCAUAUCGGAGAAAAACUAUUAGAAUUAGAAUUUGAUUUUCUCGAACCUUGCUGCAACAGAAUACAUUAGCGAAAAAUUAACUCACCAUAAGACUGCAUUUAUUUGUUAAUCGGACUUUGCUGUUUUUAACCCCUUAAAAUGAAUGAGGGAAUUGAUACCCUACCCUAGAUCCACAGUCGCUGGGCAGGUGGCUCCCCUGGUGCAGAGCUUCGUUUCGGGGCACUUGGGUCGCAGGAAUGGCCAUGGCUAUUUCCUGAACUAUGGUUUUAAGUUGACCAGCCGACCACCCUGACGCUUCCGGGUAACUUGACGACUUGAUGGUUUCCGUUGGCCAGCGAGUCGAUUUUCUGUCGACCCACUGGACCAGCCCGUUGCCUUUGCUAACUAAUCGGUUAACUCUUUCGCAAACGCAGAAUCCCAAUGCCACCGUCAAGCCUUUGAUCCAAAUGACGUUGCAGGCCGCCAAUGUCCAGGAGCAGCAGUCUCCUCCGGUGGCUUCAUAUCCGACACCGGCCACUCCGGUGGCUGUUCAGCAGCCAUCGACUCCUGUCCCCGUUCAAGUGCCGAACUCGUCCGUCCAACAGCAAAAUCCGGAUGCGGACGCCAUCGCCUCGAAGCUGGCCUUGCCAGUUAUCAUCAAGGAGGAGCCGAUCUCUGUCGACGAUGAACCGUCCGUCGAUAUUAUAGAGGAAAAUACCAGUUCCAGUACCAUUGCCAUCGGCAUCGGGGGCAAGAUCCCAUUUAUAAAUAUCUUCCAAAACCCCAAGAAGUCGUCUGAACGCACUCGGGACAAGAAGCUGCGACAGAACCGCCAGCUGCGCAAGUCCAUGCUCCCCAAGAACGCUCUGAUGGCCCUCAACGAGGUUAAGGGCGUGACCAUCACCGAUUUCACCAUCGACAGCAAUACCGACGGGGGAUUCACGGCCGUUGUCACUGUGAACUCGACUCAGUACGUGGGCAAGGGUACCUCGGAAAUGACAGCCAAGAUCGCGGCCUGCGAGGAGGCUUGGCGCGAUUUUAUAAUUGCAAAGAUGACCCCCAAGCCGCCCGGUAUUCACAAGGUGGAGACGGAUAUCAACAAAGAUGAGGCCGAUGCACCGGAUGAUGAUCUGCCCAUGUUGAACCUGGCUUCGUUUGCCAUCUACAAGCUGUUCGCGGAGUGGGAGCGCGAGGGCUAUGUCGUACCCGAGAUGCACGCUUCGGCCAAUACCCAGCGUACGGAGCUACCCUUUGGCUGGGAGACCAUGCACCCGGCGAGCAUUCUUUGCAUUAUGCGCCCGGGACUCAACUACGUGGACUACGGAUUAUCUUGGCACAAGGUCACUUACAUGCAGCAUAUGGGAAUCACGGUGGACAACCAGAAGUUCCACGCCCACGGCAGAUCCAAGAAGAUCGCCCGUCUCAACGUGGCCGUGAAAGUGUGCAACUCUCUAUUCGGCACAAACUUCACCUAUGACGACAGCGCUUAAGACACCAACUCCAGCCGCAGACUCCAACUGUGACGCCAAAUGCGCAGCUUUAAGAAUUCCUUCUCUGUGAAGGUGAAGAGGCAUAUUAAACAAGAAUUUUCCAAUUUA